GGCCUGCGGUGACGUCACGCGGAGCAGAACUCCAGACGGACAACUUUUUCUUCGCACUCACGCAGGCGGGCGGAAAGUUGAGCGAAGCAGCCGAACUUUUUUUUUUUCCCUUGCUCGCUCGUUCGUUCGCACUCGUCGCCAUGUCCGGCGUGGCGUCCACCCUGGCCAAGAAGCGCGCCAUGGCGGCGGGCUUCGGCUCCAAUCAGCGGGCCGUCCCCUUCCUCAACCAGAGCUUCGGCGCCCUGCGGGCCCAGUGCCUGAGCAGCGGCAGGCUGUUCUGCGACCCCACCUUCCCGGCCGCCCCCGAAGCGCUCGGCUUCAAAGAGCUCGGACGCAACUCUUCCAAGACCCGCGGGGUCACCUGGAAGAGGCCCACGGAGCUGGUGUCCUCACCUGAAUUCAUCGUGGGCGGAGCCACCAGGACCGACAUCUGCCAGGGGGCGCUCGGUGACUGUUGGCUGUUGGCGGCCAUCGCGUCGCUGACCCUCAACGAGUAUGUGAUGGCUCGCGUCGUUCCCGACGACCAAAGCUUUCACGACAACUAUGCCGGGAUCUUUCAUUUCCAGUUUUGGCAGUUUGGCGAGUGGGUGGACGUGGUGAUCGACGACCGCCUUCCCGUGAAAGACGGCGAGCUUCUGUUCGUGCACUCGGCGGAGGGUCGUGAGUUUUGGAGCGCUCUUCUAGAGAAGGCCUACGCCAAGGUGAACGGCUGCUACGAGGCCCUGUCGGGGGGCUCCACCACGGAGGGCUUCGAGGACUUCACCGGGGGCAUCGCCGAGAACUUCGACCUCCAACGAGCCCCCGCCGACCUCUUUGAAAUCCUGCAAAAGGCCUUGGAAGCGGGGGCCCUCCUGGGCUGCUCCAUUGACAUCACCAGCGCGGCUGACUCGGAGGCGGUGACGCGUCAGAAGCUGGUCAAAGGUCACGCCUACUCCCUGACGGGUGCCGUGGAGGUCAACUACCGAGGGCGUCAGGAGAAGCUCGUCCGUGUCAGGAACCCGUGGGGUCAAGUGGAGUGGACCGGCGCCUGGAGUGACGGGUCGUCCGAGUGGGACUCAGUGCAGGGAGACUGUCCCCAUGCCAACGCCGAGGACGGAGAAUUCUGGAUGUCGUACCGAGACUUCCUGCGUCACUACUCCCGCGUGGAGGUGUGCACUUUGACCCCCGACACCAUCUCGGACGACUCGGUGAAGCACUGGAGCGUCAACAAGUUCGACGGCUCGUGGCGGCGCGGCUCCACGGCCGGCGGCUGCAGGAACCACGCCUACACCUUCUGGAUGAACCCGCAGUUUGUCAUCAAGUUGGACCCCGAGGAUGACGACCCGGACGACGGCGAGGUGGGAUGCAGCUUUGUGUUGGGCUUGAUCCAGAAGAACCGAAGAAAGCUCAGGAAGCAGGGCGAGGACAUGCACACCAUCGGAUUCGCCAUCUACGAGCUUCCCAGACAGUUCCACGGCCAGCAGCAAGUGCACCUGGACAAGAACUUCUUCCUGACGAACGCUCAGACGGCUCGCUCGGAGACCUUCAUCAACCUGCGCGAGGUCAGCACCAGGUUCAAGCUGCCGCCCGGCGAGUACCUGGUGGUGCCCUCCACCUUCGAGCCCCACCUCGACGGCGACUUCUGCAUCCGCGUCUUCUCCGAGAAACAAAGCCAGACCGUGCCCUUUGACGACCCGGUCAGCGCAGACCUUGAUGAUGAAACCGUUCCGGAGGAGGAGGUGGACGCGGCUUUCCGAGGCCUGUUCGCCAAGCUGGCGGGACCGGACAUGGAGAUCUCCGCGGCGGAACUGCGGACCAUCAUGAACAAGAUCGUCGCCAAGCGAAGUGACAUCAAGACGAGCGGCUUCAGCAUGGAGACGUGCAGAGUCAUGGUUAACCUCAUGGACGAGAGCAGCAACGGGAAGUUGGGUCUGUCAGAGUUUGCCACCUUGUGGAAAAAAGUGCAGCGCUACCUGUCCAUCUACAAGAAGAACGACACGGACAGCUCCGGCACGAUGAGCACACCCGAGAUGAGAGUCGCCUUCAAAGACGCCGGUUUCACCCUGAACAACGCCAUCUACCAGCUGUUGGUUGCCCGCUACGCUGAGCCAGACUUGACGCUGGACUUUGACAACUUUGUGGGCUGCCUGAUGAGGCUGGAGAUCAUGUUCCGAAUUUUCAAGAAGUUUGACCCGAAUGACUCCGGAUCCAUCCAGCUCAACUUCAAUGAGUGGUUAAACUUCUCCAUGAUCUGAAUGCCCUUCAACCCCGACCCAGUAAACAACUUCACUUAAUUUGCCUUUGCGAAACAUUUCAACAAAUAAAGGCUGUAGAACAUUCCAUAC